CCACCCAGAGGGUACUCUCCCCCACGACCGUAAAGCAGGCGCGAACGCUAGCGGACGGGGAGAGUAGGAAAGGGCUAUCCAAGAGGGCGGUGAACCUUCGGAUCGGCUGCAUCUGGCUGGCAUUGAAAAAAUAGAGGAGGCGCUGCCUCUAUUCUGGCAACUCAACUUCGCUGUCACUGGGGGACUUGUCUGCCGAAGCGUAGGCGUUUGUCAAGUAUCUGUCAUCUGGUGAUGUUUGUGUGAAACUGAAAUCGCUCGAAGCAGCAUAAGCUGACCGCCACAGAGAAUGAGCUAAUCGCUGCAAGGACCCACGUCCGACAGUGACAAUGGCGUCAACAGCUGCUUCCCGCUAGCCUCGUGAAAGCGCGACACGCGGGAGCGAAGACUCCAAGGGCGAAGGUAUAGCACAGGCCAGCUACCAUGUUUUGGGCCUCCGACGGCGUAGGCAAGCUACCCUAUGUGUGACGCCCGACACCGAACCACGAACUGAGAACCAGGAUCCCAACACAGAGGACAAGCAGCCAGUACAACACAUCCUCCAUCGUUUUCAUGUGACCGACAAGAUUUCCCGCGGAGGCAGAUAUGACACAGCUUUUGAAGUCUUGACUGCAGUGUAGUGCUCCUGCAUGCCACGCCCCAUACCUAUAAAAGUGACGGAUCGUGCGUCAGAAUUUACACGGAACGAUAUAUCCCCUCUGGUGUUAUAAAAGAAAGUGAACGCAACGACCGCUGGAAAUACUCCACGAAUACAAGAAAAUUGGCAGGAUAGCUAUACUGUGAACAAGCUUCUUGAUCGAAAGCAUGUCGCCUCCAACGCAACCGAUCGCUGUCGUUGAACGAAAGUGGUAUCGCCUCCUCCUAAACUACGCCUUGCACAUCAUAAUUGGUAUAGCUGGUAUUGUACUCAUGCCUCUCUUGAUCGUGAGCCACCGUUUCCAAGAAAACUUUUUCGCUUUCAUCUACGUGAUCAUGCAGCGUUGCAUGAAUGAAGAAGUGGCAGCGAUUCGAAAAGCCGUCCUGUCACAGCUCGACGAGAUGUCUCCGCAAGAGCUAUCAUCAAGUGUCCACGGUUCACUGCGCGUCCUGGAAGUCGGAGCAGCCUACGGACCAAAUCUCGAGUUCAUCCAACGACCCGUCGAGUACUGGACGGUGGAGCCCAACAGAAGCUUCGAGGAUUCCUUUAUGCGAAACAUUGAAAGAAACCCGAACGUGGAGAUGAAGGAAUUGAUCACCGGACACGGGGAGGACAUGCAUAUGUUUCCAGACGGCUACUUCGACGCAGUUGUCCUCUUCUUCGUACUCUGCUCGGCAAAUGACGGAUCCAAACUCCUUAGUGAAUGCAAGCGUGUAUUAAAGAAGGGUGGUCACCUUCUCUUCGCUGAGCACGUCGGCUACAAGAAGGGCACCUUCUCAAGGUUUAUACAAGAUACCCUGACCCCACUCACCAAGAAAUUUGCCUGCGGUUGCCACAUGAAUCGCGAAAGCGGGGGUGUGCUGGAAAAUGCCGGUUUCGCUAGUAUAGAGAUAAAUACUGUUUACCUCAAUGUGCCUCUACUACUUAGCAAUAACAUAUACGGCGUCGCGACAGCUUGAAACAUGUGUAAUAAA